UGAGCUAUCACUUCCGCAAGGUAUGUAAACCCAGAUUAAUGAUUUAUUCUUUGAUUAUUGAUGUCCUGGAAUUCUAACAGCCCAACUUGGGAAAAAAUCCUUGUUGUUUAUAGGAAAAUCAAGGACGGACGCACAUUUCAGCAGAAGAGCACAAACACGCACAACAGGAUGGGCCUCUCUCCAUCAGUUUACCCCCACCCUGUGUGUCAGAGGGUUUAGCCGGUCUGGAGAACAGAUGUCAAGUCUCUUUCCAUCUCUUUUGCUACCAACACAGCAAUGUGCUGCUCCAAGAAAACAUCUGUCUAAGCACUGACCAUCAGCAAAGGGGCCCCACGAAUUGGCUCAUCCGCCCUUUGAAACUUGCAAGUCUGUGUGCCACUCUAACUGCAAAAGUAUUUUGAGCCCUGCCAGAUUCCUCUCCCUUUUUCUACUUGAUCAACAGCACUAAAUGAGAUCAUUUUGAAAUGUUACUGAGAUGUGAAGUGUAAAAUAAUUAUUUAGCUCUGCAUACCACUUUUUCAUCGAUGCAGAUUUGUUUGCUUAAUCAGAAAGUCGACCGUCCAAACAAACAUCUUUCAAAGUUCAAGUAUUCUUGAGAAAAAAAAGUGAACUCCUUUGAACCACACAAUACACAAGUUCACGACAACAGCUUGCAAAAUGUGUCGCACUUUUUUGAUGUGGGCUUUCAGACGCCCCAUGAAGAACAAACAAAUGCAAAUUGGGACGCAUCUUGUCCCCUUCGUCUCACAGUUCUGAAAGUGUGAAAUUUGGAGGAGGGAAGAAACCCUCAUUAAUCUUACAUCACCUCUCAACUUAGAAUAUACAAUAAGUUAAUUAGCACUAUAAUUACUAAACAAAACCAAACCUAUAGGAUUUUACAAACUGAAACCCAUUAAUCACUUUUAGUUAGUGUUUUAAAUUAAAUUAAUCAUGUUUAAUCACUCAAGUAUUUUGCAGAAAUAAUGUCGAAUUGAGUAGAAUACUUAGAAGGUUUUGAGUUAGAAGUCUAAUUGCAUGUUUUAUCCAGCCAUAUGUAUUAAUUACAAUAUUAAACAGUUUGUUCAGACUUGUCUUAAAUUGGUUUACUUUUAUUAAUUGUGUAAGCUAUAGACACGUGCGUGUGUGUGUGUGUUGGGGGAGGGGUAUUGGAUGUGUGGGUGUCAACUAUUCCCCACCACUGUAUUCAUGAGCAACACAGGACAGAUGAAGACAUUUGGUGUUCUGUUGAUGAGUGCACAUGGGGCAUGAUGGGACACGAAGGGUUAAAUCGGUGGGGAGGGGAAGUGACAGCAAACCAAAAGAAAAGGGGGAUAUAAAAACACCAAAGGCUUCGUGGGCACGAGUCUGACUGUGUUUGUGCUGCUGGACUAAAGACACAGAACGACAGAAGGGAACGCACGGACGCGCGCACACACACUAGUAUUGAGCUGUGGUGUCGUGUGUUAUUUGACAGCGCGUUUUAAAGCAGAAGGUGUAUGUGGAUACUCUUGCGCAAGAGUAGCUCAUACACCCUCUUGAGGAGGACAGCUCAGAUGAGUUAGUCAGCGGAGGAACAUUGGCUUAUAGUGAACUACACUUCAUCCCUAAAGACGCAGUGGCAUUUGGAGAGGAUGACAGCACUUUGCGCAACGCAUAGGAGCGCAACAAUGUACCCAAACCAGAAGUUUUAUAUUAGACGUGAAGGACAGACCACGAGAAUUUGAAGUUGUUUGAACUGGGAGACUUUGUGUUUUUAAACAUAAGAAGAAUGCUUCAGGGUCUCAGACUUGUGUACUUGUGCCAGUGUACCUGAUUUACCUGCGCACAAGUAAAAGUUUUUCCUCUAUGAAAAAGUACAACUUUGUAUCUCAACGUCUGCUUGCUUUUCCAGUUUAUACUAAUGUUAAAGUAGAAAAGUAAAUACCUCAAUGGAAUCGUACACACCUUUGGAGUUUGUGGAAUUAACUUUUCAGUUUUUUAAAGGUAAUUCAAGUUAUUUCUGGAUAUCAGGAUUAUACCACAUUUAAGAACAGGAGCUAUAGAUCCCUGGUCCGUUUUCAAACGUGGAGUGAUUGGGCUUCUUUAAGAUCAUUUCUAGGCAGUUAAUCUUUUUUCCCGUGGGUAUUGCUCUUCUGGACCCCGCGGUGGCUCCGCAGUGGUGUGGCGGCUCCUCGUCCGCGGCGGAUCCGGAGAUCGGAAUAUCUGCAGCGGCAGGAGGCGGCAGCGGAAGCCCGGCAGUGGCGCAGGGUACUAAGAGCGCGCGAGUGAAGAGAAUGGUGCGGCUCGCGGCGGAGCUGCUGUUGCUGUUGGUACUCAUUCUUCUGACGUUACACAUCACGGUGUUGCGAAGCAGCCCGCUGCAGCACGGAAAUGACACUGUGAGCUCGGAGCAGGACUCGCGGUUGGCGGAGAAUAAUGUCAAUGCAGAAAGCAGUUCCUCAGUUAAGUUGGGACUGGGUGACAAACAGUCCCGGGUGCCUCAUAUUCCAGCGUCUCAGCCCUGGGUUCAGAGUCACGGGACAGGGGGCAGCCUGCAGAGAGAUGGACCAGGGGCUUUUCUGCUGGACCUGCAGAAGUUCCCUGAUCUUUCCAAAGCUGAUAUAAAUGGGAAAAACCCCAAUAUUCAGGUUACCAUAGAAGUGGUGGAAAGCCUGGAACGUUUGGAGCCAGAAAAGGGAAUACGCAAAGAAAACAAGCCUGGCAGGGCAACUCCUAACUGGAGGAACUGGUGGCAGCACUCGUCUUCUUCGUCCUCAUCUUCCGCGUCCACCCCAAAGGGGCCCGACGAACAGGAUUACCCCUACGAGAGCAACACAGAGGACAGCAACUUCGUCAAACCGCUUGGAGACUGGGAGCGCAGAGGGUCUGCUGGCACAGGGAGCAGAUCCCAGACUGAAUACGACUACAUAGACGGGGACGGUGACUGGAGUGGUUGGGCGCCAUGCAGCGUAUCCUGUGGAAACGGCAACCAGAAGCGGACCAGAUCAUGCGGCUAUGCCUGCACAGCCACAGAGUCACGGACAUGUGACAUGCCCAGCUGCCCAGGGAUUGAAGAUGCUUUCAAGACAGCAGCGACAGAAGUCAGCCUUCUCGCUGGCACUGAAGAGUUUAAUGCAACUGAGCUCUUUGGAGUUGAUACAGACAGUUGUGAACGUUGGAUGAACUGCAAGAGUGAGUUCCUCAAGAAAUACAUGAGCAAAGUGGCCAACGACCUGCCCAGUUGCCCCUGCUUUUACCCAACAGAGGUGGCCUACAGCACCGCAGACCUCCACGACGCCACCACAAAGCGCAAGUUCCGCUGGAAGGACGCCAGCGGACCAAAGGAGAAGCUGGAGAUCUACAAACCCACUGCUCGCUAUUGCAUCCGUUCCAUGCUAACGCUGGAAUCCACCACACUGGCAGCCCAGCACUGCUGCUACGACGACAGCAUGAAGCUCAUCACACGAGGCAAAGGGGCCGGAACGCCCAACCUCAUCAGCACAGAGUUCUCCGCUGACCUGCAUUACAAAGUGGACAUCCUACCAUGGAUCAUCUGCAAAGGUGACUGGAGCCGCUACAACCAGGCUCGAACUCCUAAUAACGGACAGAAAUGUGCAGAGAACCCUCAGGAUGAGGACUACUACAAACAGUUUGAGGAGGCCAGAGAGUUUUGAGCUGAUGAUAGUAUGAACUUUCUAAAACAGAAGCAGAACUCAUUUUGAAAACUGGCUGUGUGAUUAAACAGGACUUGCUAUGAGAAACAGAUGACACAGCCAACAACAAGCACAGAAGAUCUUCAUCCUCCAGAACCUAUGGUUGGUCUUUUCAGGGUGUUUUCAUGGAAAUACUAAUACCAAGUAACUCAUUUGGUUCUCUUUGUAUUGUUUAUCUAUAAUACUUGGGUAUCAGAUUUUUUUAUAAGGAGUAAAAGGGGAAAAAACUAAAGGGAAGUCAUAUCAGGAAUCACCCAACCAAUGAUCAGCUGACAGCGAGAGAACAUGCAGUGGGAAGCCCUCUCCUCAGGAUUCUUGGACAGAUGCAAGGAUAUCGCUUACAGUAUUCAGGUUCCUGUGUAAACAUGCAUAUAUUUGUCUAGUUGGAUGAAUAGAGUUUCUAUAUAAUGUCCUGUUGUAUCACUUUUCCUUUUUUGCUAAAAACAAAACAGUCCUGAAUAAUUCUUGCUAAAUAUUUAUUGAGUCAUAGUUAUGUGUCAAUGGUAGGGUUUGUGCAUAUAGAUGUAUGGACACAUUUUGUGUGCUAAAUAAAUAGUCACAUUAACCAUCAAAUGUCACAGACCCUCAAUGUGUAAGACUUGCAGGAGAUGAUUCCAUAGGAACUGCAUAGGUUGAAGGGAUCUUCUAUGACAGUCAAAUAAGAUCCGUCUUCAGAUAUUAAAUACUAAGCCAUUUCACAAGACUCUUAUUAGCUCUAUCCAGAAACAGACCUAAGCUCCGCUUUUGAUGUCGGAUGCAAAAUACCUACCCAUUUAAACGGGAAACAAAUUCUUUUUUGAAAGCAUAAUCAUAUUCUCAUUUUUCUGACUAUGAUCAAGCAAUCACAUGAAUAGAGGGCUGCAAUCUCAGGACCAAUGCUGAAACUUCAGAACAUCCCUUCAGAUGUUUGUAUCAAUGUUUCACUCUUUUCUGCUGGACCAAUCCUAGGUCAAAAUUUGACCCGUACAGUGACAUAAUAAUAGACAUUUAGAUUUACUUUGCCUUA